UUACUCAGACUGUGGUUUUUCUUUCUGCUGCCACCUUUUCUUUUUUUAACUCAUCAUUCCUUGUUUUCGUCUUCCUCUUAUGCAACUGGUAUUCUAGCAGUCUCCCACCCCUUCCUUCCUUUUUUCUUCACCCACCCUCUUCCACUCUCCCAUCUUCCACAUCAGUCCUGGCUCAUUUCUUCGUCAUAUGCGUGAAGUCCACUGGAGUUCUUGCUUUUAUCUCAAGAUGUCCUGGACUCGAGUCUUGGUGCUCCCUUUGCUCACCACCCUCCUCAUACUAACCUUUUCCAGUGUGGUGGGCGGCGCGGCGGUGCAGCGCGACUCAGAAGCUGUUGAUCCUAAAGGCGCAGCGCGGCAAGUGUUCGUGCCCGAGUCGGAUGCCUCCAACUUCUUCAAGCGCCGCAGUCGGCGCUCAACCCGAUACUAUGAGCUGCAAGCCGAGCAGAGGGUGAGGCUUUCAGUGAACGAGCGGAGGAGGGAGUACAGCGAGGAGCAACGGGACGAGUACGACAACUACGUGAAGGAGGAGCGUGACGAGCAAAAUGAGAGAUCGAGGGAGACGAAUGAGCAGCUUCGAGAGUACCAUUACGACGGCUUUCAACCUCGCUACUACUGGUUCCACUGAGCCGUUGUGCACGGAGGCCCCUCCCACCGCAGCAAAGAGGCCCCUCCCACCACCGCAGCAGCGCUCACGCCACUAUCACCUUAUCGUUUGUGCCAGGGGGGAUACCUGGAAUUUUGAGAGUGACAAAAUACUCUCCAUAGCUUUCUUACUUUUCUCUACAAGAUAAUGUUUUUUUGUGCUUUUGGUUGUUAUACAAGACCUUAAAACGUGCAGUAUGUCGAAAGCUGUUGAAAAGCGCAGUUUGGGCAUUAUUAGCUAAUCUUCAUCAUAUUAAUUGGAGUUUCUACGUGUUGCAUGCCGUCUUUCUAUAUGUACAUACAAGCUAAACCAUGUCCUUUUAUGUCAGCCCGUGGCAUUAGUAGCAAUAAAUCAACCUGUACGCCGA